CAGACUUAUGCUGCUGACAAAUAUUAGCCAAUGCGGAGCGAGUAACAGAGUUUCCAAUGCCCCCUAUGUUCCAACAAAGAAUCUUCAUUGAAGUUUCUUAGGCUUUUGUCUGAGAGUAAGGCUUAGAACAAGCCCUAACAGUCCGCCUUUGCUCCCUACGCAAUUGUUCCUUGGGGAAUUGAUGAGAACGGGAAGGAAACAAGCAGUUGUAUUUGGAUUAACUUUGGACGGUAUUCCCAACUAUAUAUGUGCGUCUAUCGAGCUCACUUAAGUACGCACUGUCUAGCUCAGCUUAUGGCUUCAAUUACAUCUCAUUCUAAUGUUAAGCUUAUUAGUGCAAUUCAUGAAAGUGAAAAUGGUUACCAUCUCAGUAGUCCCACAGCAGUUGCGGAGGUUGAAACAGUUGCUAAAGGAGAUGCCGCAGUGAAGGAAGACUCCAUUCAAAACCGAAACCAUAUAAAGGUUCCACUAAUCGAAAAUGAUGAGGGUCUUUUCUUGACAUGGGAAGAUUUGUGGGUGAGAGUAGCCUCAAAUUUAAAUGAGGGAGAAAAGCAUAGUAGUGAUGGAAGAAGCUGCAGAUCAAUCCUCCGAGGGGUAACUGGUUAUGCCAAACCAGGGCAGCUCUUGGCUAUAAUGGGUCCUUCUGGUUGUGGCAAAUCUACUCUUCUUGAUGCUUUAGCAGGUAGAUUGAGUUCAAACACAAGGCAAACAGGGGAUAUCCGUAUAAAUGGACAUAAACAAGCACUAGCGUAUGGAACUUCGGCAUAUGUAACACAAGAUGACACUCUAAUGACCACAUUAACGGUGAAAGAAGCUGUACACUACUCUGCUCAACUGCAGCUACCAGAGUCAAUGUCUAAGUCAAAGAAGAAAGAGAGAGCACAAGUGACCAUAAGAGAGAUGGGUUUGCAAACUGCCAUGAACACGAGGAUCGGAGGUUGGGGAGCCAAGGGCCUCAGUGGUGGCGAAAGGAGAAGAGUGAGUAUCUGCAUUGAGCUUCUUACACAACCAAAACUUCUCUUUCUGGAUGAACCAACAAGCGGACUUGACAGUGCUGCGUCUUUUUAUGUGAUGAGCAGAAUUGCAAAUCUUGGUCAUAAAUCGUCUCAGAGGACCAUAGUUGCUUCCAUCCAUCAGCCUAGCUCUGAAGUCUUUCAACUCUUUGACAAUCUUUGUCUUCUGUCUUCCGGCGAAACUGUAUAUUUUGGUCCUGCUUCUGCAGCGAAUGAAUUUUUCGCUGCAAGUGGUUUUCCAUGUCCAACUCUCCUACAUCCAUCAGAUCACUUCCUCAAGACCAUAAACAAUGAUUUUGAGCUGGACAUCGAGAAAGGUGUAGCAGGAAAGACACCCACAGAGGAAGCUAUUCAUACUCUCAUGAAGUCAUAUAAAACAUUUGAAAGUUAUCACCAACUUCAAAGACAAAUAGCUGAAUUAUACAAGAAGGCACGAGGCUCUCUACUAGCAUUUGUGGCUUCGUUUCUAACUUUCAUGGCCAUUGGUGGGUUUCCUUCCUUUGUGGAAGACAUGAAGGUAUUUGAACGUGAAAGACUGAACGGGCACUAUGGUGUUAGUGCAUUUGUUUUCGCCAACACAUUUUCUUCAAUGCCUUUGUUAAUGUUGAUUUCACUGAUUCCUGGCGCAACAACCUACUAUCUUGCUGGACUUCACAAUGGAUUUGAACACUUCUUCUACUUUGCUUCUGCUCUAUUUGCCUGCAUGAUGCUGGUUGAGAGCCUAAUGAUGAUAGUUGCAAGCAUCGUGCCGAAUUUCCUUAUGGGCAUAAUAGUUGGUUCUGGAUUGCAAGGGAUUAUGUUGUUAUGCGGCGGAUUCUUCCGGCUACCAAAUGAUCUUCCGGAUCUUGUGUGGAAAUACCCAUUGUACCAUAUUGCCUUCCACAAGUAUGCAUUCCAGGGAAUGUUUAAGAAUGAAUUUGAAGGAACAACGUUUCCGAAUGAUGAUCAACUUAGAAUCGGUAACUCUAAGUGGCUUAGUGGCGACAGCAUUUUGAGAGAUAUAUGGCAGGUGGAAAUGGGUUACUCUAAAUGGGUUGAUCUUGUUGUCUUGCUAGGAAUGAUAGUUCUGUAUCGAGCUUUGUUCUUGGUUAUCAUCAAGAUCACUGAGAAAAGGAAGACUAUUACCUUAGCUCUUCUGCCCAUGGCUCCGAAGCAAAGCAUGCAAGUAUUGGUGAAUCCCAAGAGAGCCAGCAGAAUCGUAACAACGUAAUAGCUUGUAUGUAUAUAUGUGUGUUUGAUGAUGAUGAUCGAUCAUCUAAUUAAGGUACUAGAAGAAAAUUGAAAAUAAGUGGUUUUUUUCUUUCUUUUUCUUUUUGGAAGAAGAAGUUUGGAUCAAUUAUAUUGGCUGUUUAAUUUCUGGACGCCAUGGGUGUGUAUUUAUAUUGUGGAGGUUCAUUUGAGGAUAAGCAGCUGAAC